GUAUGUGAAAAUUUCUCACGGCUUAUUAUAUUGCACGUUGAGGAAAAAUUAAAUAAAUAUUCAGAAAACAACAGAGAAAAAAAUUUAUAAUUACUUAAUUAUUUAAAAUAAAUUAUAAUCAAGCAUUAAAUAACCAUAUUAUACACAUACAAAAGGUGAAUUGAAGCCAAUUUUUAAAAAUAAUAAUAUUUAGUGGAAAAAAAUUAUCGAAAAUUUGUGACAAAGGCGCAAAGCGGCUUUUUACUAUUAUUAAAAAUAAAAAUAAUUAUACAUAUUCAGUAACAAUUAGCGAAAAAAAUAUUGACCGACGGUCAUUUUUUGAAUAUAUAUAAAAAAAAGACUUUGAGUCGUUGUAGAUUGAUCAGUUUUUGAUAGCAACCUCAGUCCAUUUUCUACUGAGAACAAUACACAUUUAUAACGCAAUUGAAAAGUCUGACACUUUUUAGAAGAAACGAAAAAAGAAUAAUUGCACUACUAGCUGAGAAAAAUCCUCCGCACCAAACCAUAACGAGGCAAAAGGAAAUAUUCCGUAAAAUUUGAAUAAGAAACAAAAGGAUUGCUGUAAAAAGCAAAGAAAAAAAAAUCACAAAACUAAAUGCAAAACAACUGAAGCCCAUUGAGAAUCAUUGAAGUGAUCACUUGUACACGUCACGUCUUUUGAAGUAUUGGGAAAUUCUACGGAACAGGCGGCAAGCAACAAAAAAAAAAAAAUAAAGAGAAAGAAAACAAAAGAAGAAGAAAAUUAGAGUCGAGGUAAAAGAAAAUUAAAGAAAGUUUUUUUCUGUCUCUCAGAAGAAACCAACAUUAUGCAAAUAUAACGAAGCAAAAAAAAAAGAGGAUAUAAAUUUGAAUAAGAAAAGAAAAAAUAUCGCUAAAGGAAGUAAUUUUGUGCAUCACAAGUUUCCUCUCCGCCUAAAUAAAUAAAAAUAUAGAGCAAAAAUCAUUCAAAAAAUUCGUAUUGAUUUUUUCGAAUGAAACGCAGUGAAAAAAAAGUCAAUUAAAUAAAAAUUAAAUUAAUUAAAAUUAAAUACGCUCUAUUAAAAAAUAUAAAAAGCAGAAAAAUCAAGUAAAAUUGAAUUUUCAUUCAAAAUUAAAUUAUAUUCAAAGUGCGUGUGAUUUUUAUUAGAAAGCAAAUUUAGCAGCAAAAUAUAUAAAAAAAUGAUGAUGGAGCAUCAAAGUCAAACCGAACAAAGCCCUAAUGAGGUGCCAAACGAUCCAGGAAAAAUGUUCAUCGGCGGACUAAGUUGGCAAACAAGUCCAGAAAGCUUACGUGAUUAUUUUAGUAAAUUCGGCGAAAUCACAGAAGUGAUGGUGAUGAAAGAUCCGACAACGAGGAGGUCAAGCUCUUCUGAUCCAUUUUCAAUGGGCACAACUGAUUCAUCUACGGUAUACGGUCGACCCAGGGGAUUCGGGUUCAUCACAUUCGGAGACCCAGCUAGUGUAGAUAAAGUUUUAGCACACGGAACACACGAAUUAGAUGGCAAAAAGAUCGAUCCUAAAGUAGCAUUUCCCCGAAGAGCACAUCCAAAGAUGGUUACAAGAACAAAGAAAAUAUUCGUGGGAGGACUUUCGGCUCCCACGACACUCGAAGACGUCAAAAGCUAUUUUGAACAAUUUGGACCGAUAGAAGACGCUAUGCUAAUGUUUGACAAACAGACAAACCGGCAUCGGGGUUUUGGCUUUGUUACAUUUCAAAAUGAGGAUGUCGUAGAUAAAGUUUGUGAAAUUCACUUCCAUGAAAUCAAUAACAAAAUGGUUGAGUGCAAAAAAGCGCAACCGAAAGAAGUCAUGCUACCCGCAAACUUGGCCAAAACACGUACAGCAGGGCGCGGUACAUACGAUUUUAUGUGGUCGCUGGGGACAUUACCUGAUGGAUUUCCCGCAGCUGCUUAUGCCGCAUACGCCGCCGGUCGUGGUUUCUCUGGCUAUCCGAGUUUCGGUCUCCCGUAUCCAACAGUCGAUUUAACAAAUGGGCAGCUAACACCAAAUAACAACACACCACUUCUCACACAGGCGCUUUCAGGUGAGACUUAUACUUUUAUGAACAACUAUCAAGCCGCAGCUGCAGCAGCGCAAGGAUUCGGACCCCCAGCAUCUCCGCAUACGACAACAACACGAACGGCGUUCCCCGCAACAAAUAGUCCCGGACCCACAAUUGACAUGUACAGUUCAAGCGGUGCAACGGCAGACAGCGUUGGUUACGUUCAAGCUACGAGCCCGCAACCAUCGGGAUUUCCUGCGAUCGCUGUUAGUCGGGCUCCGUUAAAUUAUAGUUCGGGACCUCUAAUUCCAGCUGCUUUCACAAAUGGAUAUCAUUGAACCACAGCGGCGGCGGCAACGGGAGCAGCAAUACCAUCCACUGCAAUGAAUGUUGUAGCAAUGAAUCUUAACAAUAAUAGCACUAAUUGUAAUACAAAUAAUAUAAAUAUGACUCUGAAUAAACAUCAUCAUCACCAAACACAACAACAACAACAACAAAUAUUGAGUAGUAUUUUUUCAUGGUAAGUCUCAAAAAAAUGUGCAAUCUCUGUUUCGUCUCCUUUCGACGCUUUACUUAAAAAUUUAUACAUUAAAAAAAAUUAAAUAAAUUAAUAAACGACCCAAAGGAGACGAAACAUCGACAACAAGAAAAAAGACUCUUUGCGAAUUAAAAAAUAUUAAAAUAAAAAAAAAUUAGACGAAUGUACGACAUCCAUUUGAAAAAUUAUUAUAAAUACAAUUAAAACUUUUUUUGGGUGUCGAAUUUAUGAAAAAAAUGUCAAUUUUUAUGAUACGAAAGUAAUAAAAAAAAAACAAAAAAUAAUUAAAUAUAAUGUUAAUAAAAAAAAAAUAAAAAUAAAUUUAGAAAGGAAAGAUUUUCGCGCCAUUCCUUAGUAGGGCGUGAUCUUGCCAGCCAUGUUUUGUAUAAUUAAUUAAUUAAUUAAUGUUUCGUUAUUAAAAUCAUAGAAAGAUGUCGCUGUCUUAUUAAUGAGGCUGUUGUUAUAUUUAA